AGAAAAUUCAAUGCAUUUAAACAAACUGUAAUGGAACAACUUAGAAAUCUGGAGAUCGAAAACAAAAUGCAAGCGAAACUAAUAGCCAGUCAGGAAAGAUUGAUCUCCAGCCUUUAAGAAUCGCUCACAGGAAACGGCGAAACAUUGACCGAAGUACGCAGGGAAGAAAUAUCAACGAUAAAUUCUACACUCGUAGAUAUGGAAACACCGCAUUUACCUCUAAAGACCAUAUUAUCAACCUCAUGGCGGAAGAGAAUGAAGCAACCAAAGGUAAGCAGAAUCACCGACGCCCCUGAGUACCUCAUUGCUUUCUAUGCAUAUCUAACUACACCUGAAGUAAAUCCUGGAGCGCAUCACAUAGUUGUCUAUGACCAUGUUAUGACGAAUAAUGGACAGGGCUAUAAUAAACACACGGGAUCCUUUACUGCUCCCACGACUGGAGUUUACGUUUUCUCUUGGACGACAUUUGCUGACCCGCAUUCCUAUUUUCCGAUGGAGCUAACGGUUAACAGUGCUAGAGCUGGCAUUGUGUUUGUAGAAGGUGACACCACUUAUAAUGGAGUUACUGGUAUGGCCGCCGUUAAUCUUCAACUAGGAGACGCUGUAUAUGUAAGAUCUGAACCUGGAUACACUCCAGUUGGCAAUAUUUACAGCGAUCACAACACACAAACAUCCUUUUGUGGAUUGUGUCUUCCUGCUGAAAUACUCUGGAAGUAUUUCUGAGAUUUCAUGAUU